CAAUGUUUCGCGUUUAGUUUCGCUAGGUGGAAAGAGUGAACAAGAAAAAGGAGAAAAAGUUCAGAUACUCUAAAUUAAUGUAAUUAUAUUUGAGAAGGAAUCAGUUGAGCAUGGCAUAUUAUCCUGGAGGAGAAGGAUAUCCAAAGCAGGAGGCAUAUCCAAAUGCUCCACCUUAUCCACCUCCAAUGGGAGGUGCAUAUCAAACAGGUUAUUCUUAUGGUCAACAGCCACCUCCAUAUGGAUUUCAGCCUCCACCACUUGUUCAGCCUGUUCAAAAUGUAAGUGAAGGUGGAGCUGGAGGAAGACCUUAUGUUCAGGUGAUUCCUCAAGGACCAGCAAGUGGCCCUCAUGGAGCAGAAGAAGGAGGAACUGGCUUUGCAGCUUCAUUCUCGGAUAAAAACAUUAGGAGGAGAUUUGUCAGUCGAGUCUAUGGCAUCCUGAGCAUCCAGCUCCUCUUCACCCUUGCUUUAAUUGCUCUCUUUGUUUUUGUAAGUGACAUCAAGUUGUUCAUCGUGAGAAACCAAUGGGUGUACUGGAUUUCAUAUGUUGUUUUCCUGAGCACAUUCAUUGCCCUUGUAUGCUGUCCUGGUGUGAGGCGCAAAUCUCCCACCAAUAUGAUUGUUCUGGCCAUAUUUACAGCAGCUUUGGCAUUCAUGGCAGCAACUAUCUCAGCAUUCCACAAAACAGAGAUCGUGCUGAUUGCAGUUGGAAUCACUGCUGGAGUCACUGUCUUAGUUUCCUUGUUUGCCACCACAACCAAGUGGGACGUGACAGGAUGCGGGAUGUUCCUCUGUAUUGCCUCUGUGGUAGUGUUUCUUUUUGGGAUUGCUGCAAUAAUCGUAUUUGCAGUGGACAAAGGAACAGGAAGGAUCGUCUAUGUCUGCUAUGCUGGACUAAUUGCUCUUCUUUUCACUAUGUAUCUGAUGUAUGACACCCAAAUGAUAGUAGGAGGUCGGAAGCACGAGCUGAGCGCUGAGGAGCAUGUGUAUGGGGCUCUCACACUCUACCUUGACAUUGUCUACAUUUUCCUUGCCAUCCUCAAUAUUACUUCUUACUUUGGUGGCGAUUAGCCACUCUCUCAUUUUCUCCUUGGUGUGUCUCUCACUAUUCUCCAAGCUCUUUUCAUUCCAAGCCUUUCUACCAGCUUUUGCUUUCCCUCUUGAGGAAACUAUCCUUUCUUAGGCAUCCGUUAAUAUGUUUAAAAGUAUUUGUGCAUAGGAGGAGUGCUUGAAAAGUACCUCAUCUAAGGUAAUAUGCAAAUGUGAAAUAGAUUGAUGCUCAGAAUUUAUUCAAGUACCAAUGCUGUUUUUUUCUCACUGAAUUUUUCUGUCAUCUUGACUUUAAUUUAAUGGUGGCAUUCUGUAUGUCCAUGACAGUAAAGAAAAUCUUGUAUUUUUGUAACUUUCAGAAGUCUUACUAUUUCUUAGGAUGCUAGGAUGCUGUUGGAAUUUUUCUUGCAUUUGGUGGUCCAGUUAACUGGUACAGAAAAACAGUGAACUGAUAUGAAAAUUCCAGUUUUCUGUACUGGUUACAGAUAUUUUCAUGCCUCCAUUAGAUAAUGAGAAUUGCAUGCACUAGAGAAGUGGGUUGUGCACAUUGCAGAGCUCAGAUUGUCAAUGGGACUGUGUCCUUUGUUCAUGAUGCUGUUCUAAUGUGUCCACGCUGUAGUCUUAUGAUUAAAUUCCUUCACUGUCAGUGUUUCUUGAUAGUUGAACUGGUAGGAUGAACUCAUAUUGUGUUUGGAUGCCAUUCAUCAAAAGUGGAAGAACAGUGCUUCUUUCCUUGGCCACAUAACUAAUGCAAAAAAUGACUGAAGAUUUUCAGCCCUUCUGCAUUUUUUCCCUGGUGGUUUAUCAUGUCCUUAAAAAGUACUGGUUGUCAAUGGCACCAGUUAUCAUCAAUAGCAAGUUUUGUAAAUAGUAUAACACAAUAGUGUCUCUAUCUUCCAAAAUUACCAUGGCACUCAGUAAUAUCAAAUAUUGAACUAUUAUGGGUGAAGAGAAGGUCAAACAUUUCCUUCAGUUUUUGGUUCCCCUGAAGUUCCUGGAUGCUUAGGGUGGUCUUACAGCAUUUUACUGCAUGUUGGUAGGACUGGAGAUCCCUCAUGCUUGUUGUCUAGUCCAAUCCUAAUAUAAAUAUAUAUAUAUAUGGCUUGUCUUCUGUGAUUAAAAUUUUUUUUUUUUUUUCUUGGCUUGUUGUACAUAAGAUGUGAAAGGCACAGAGGCAGGUUUGCUUUCCUCUUUGAUGUCCUUGUGUCACAUUAUAAACUUUUGAAGAUUCAUGUAUGAGUGAUAUGUUUCUUAGAUCUUGGCUGUCUAUGUCCAAAACACAUGCAUCCCCUUUUCAGCAUUUUUUUUAGCGAGGAAUUAGAAGGAAUGAUUUUUCCUUUUGUGACUUUUUUGCUGGAUGAAAUCUCAUGUUUUCCUUGUGUGGUGAUGAGUCCCUAUGCCCAAUUAAUAAGUGCAUGUUUUUCUCAUUUCUGCUGAAUAGUAUGACAUCAAUGACCGAUGGAUUGAAAUUAUUCUUUGGGACCCUGUGGUUCAACUUUCUAUCAUAACAGUUGCACCAUGGUUCUUGAUCAUGCUUUGAUAACCUUGUGGCCAUAUCAUAUUCCUUCUCCUUGUGUUACCUUUGUUUCAUGUAUGAUGUGGAGUGGUUUUUUUUUUCAGGAACAGAAGAAAAGAUGAUGUAUUACCUCACAUCUCCAUAGCCAUCUUUUUUUCUACUUCUUGUACUACAACUGGCACAUGUCUGAUAUGGAUUGCAGCUAGCCAUGGAGGUGCAUGCUGUGUUUGUGUAAUCCAAUAUACAAGAAGGUGAAUAACCAAGUCCAGAAUAAAAUAAGUGUUGCCUCACU